GGUAAUAAAGUGCCGCGGUAUCCGAGCAGCCCGUGAAGGCACCAUGACGCCCCUCCCGGACGCCGUGACAACAGACGCCGCUCCUCGGUGCCUCAGUCCGGGUGUUUUCUGUGAGACACCGCGGAGAAGAACCGGAGCGACGCGGAGCUUCUAACCAGUGAUUCCACGUGAAGUGACCUAAGGUGGUGUCCCUCGUCUGGCUUGGAAUGACGUCUCCCCGCCCCCCGCCGCCUCAUCCAUCCCCCGGAGAACGAGGCAGGAGCCCAGCCGAGAUGAAGCCCGACACCGGGAGCGCAGUUUGAGCGUUUGUGCCUCGAGCGGGGAGAACAGCUAGCGGCUAACAAGCUAGCCGGGCAGCUCUCAGACAGACACCCGGCGGCGAGGGCUCGGACCCCGGAUCUGCGAGGGCCAUGGCCGGACUCAUCAAGAAGCAGAUCCUGAAGCAUCUGUCCAGGUUUGCUAAGAACCUGUCGCCAGACAAGAUCAACCUCAGCACGCUGAAGGGGGAGGGCCAGCUCACCAACCUGGAGCUGGAUGAGGAGGUUCUUCAGAGCCUGCUGGACCUGCCCACCUGGCUGGCCAUCAACCGCGUGGAGUGCAACAAGGCCGCCAUCCGGAUACCAUGGACAAAGUUGAAGACUCAUCCAAUCUCUUUGACCCUGGAUAAAGUGGUGAUGGAGAUGAGUACCUGUGAUGAACCUCGCCCCCCCAACGGCCCGUCUCCCAUAGCAACAGCAUCCGGACAGAGUGAAUAUGGCUUUGCUGAGAAGGUGGUGGAGGGGAUAUCUCUUUCCAUCAACUCCAUAGUGAUCAGGAUCAGUGCCAAGGCCUUCAACGCCUCCUUUGAGCUCUCGCAGCUGCAGGUCUACAGCGUCAACACCAGCUGGAGCAUCGGCGACCUGCGGUUCACCCGCAUCCAGGACCCUCAGAGGGGAGAGAUCCUGACGUUUAAGGAGAUAAGCUGGCAGAUGAUCCGCAUUGAGGCAGACGCCAUCCAGAGCGCCGAGCACGAGAUGUUGAGCGCCCCCAUCCGCCUCAUCACCAACCAGUCCAAGAUUCGAGUCACUCUCAAGCGACGGAUAAAGGACUGUAACGUGGUGGCCUCCAAGCUGAUUCUGAUCCUGGAUGACCUGCUCUGGGUGCUGACCGACUCCCAGCUCAAAGCCAUGGUGCAGUACGCCAAGUCCCUCAGCGAGGCCAUGGAGAAGUCCGCCCAGCAGAGGAAGAGCAUGGCCACAGAGGACCAGGCGUCUUCAGCGCCGCCCACAGCCCAGCAGGUACGAACCCAGCAGGCGUCCACAGCCGCUGAUCAGACCGCGACCAUGGCCAAGCUGUUCAGCGCCUACGAUGUAUGCGAGACGUCCCACCACCUCCAGAUCACACAUCUGGACCUGCACAUCUGUGAUGACAUCCAUGCAAAGGACAAAGUGAUUAACAAGAGGAUAACAGGAGGGGCCAUGCAGCUUUCCUUCAGCUCCAUCACUCUGGACUACUACCCUCUCCACAGAGCAGGUGAAAGCUGUGCCCACUGGAUGCACUACAGCGAAGCCACUAAGACCAGGGAGGGCUGGGCGCGGAACCUUCUCGAUGAGUUCAAGUCCAACGUGGAGAUGCUAAAGAGUGCAGUUCGAGACCAGCCAGGCGCGGCCCCUGCACACGGCUCCCCACAGCAUGGUAAAAUAAACACCUGUUCGAGCAGUUCCUUCAGUCCUCCUCCCCCGCAAACGCCCAAGACCCAGCUCAUGUCCAGCUCGUUCGUUCUCAGGAUGGCUGACUUCAGCAUCUAUCAGGUGUCGACGGCAGACCAACGUCGCUCCAGCCCCAAAACCAUGAUUUCCUGUAAUAAGAAGUCCUUGUACCUUCCCCCAGAGAUGCCAGCCAUCCACGCCGAGUUCACAGAGUACUACUUCCUUGACGGAAAAGACUACCCCAUCCCAUGUCCUAACCUGUAUGCCCAGCUGAACGCCCUGCAGCUUGUCCUGGAUCCUCGCAGCCUGGUGUGGAUCAAUCUUUUCGCCCUUGACCUCAGGCAGAGUCUGGAGCAGUUCAUGGAGAUUUACAAGCUCAACGACUCGCAGAAACCUGACGAGCAUGUGGACAUCAAGAUCGAUGGCCUCAUGCUCAAGCUGGUGAUCCCCACUGAUCGAGACGCCUCCUGUGCUCCUGACCUGCCUCGCUCCAUCUCCAUACAGACUUCAGAGAUGGUGGCCACUAACACCCGACACCCUGCCAACUGCACCCGCUCGCACCUCGAGGCCCUGCUGCAGUCCUUUGAAGAGGAGCCUUUCUUCUCUUCAUCUUUCUCCUCAUUCCCUCGCUCCUCCUCCUCCCUACCCCUCCUCCAUCCCGUCUUCCAGCUUCACGCGCACGAACAAGACACCAAGCUUCACGAAAUCUACCGGGGCCUGGUGGUGCCGACGCUGGGCACAAACUCCCUCAAGAUGCCGGCCGCCACAGACUUUUGGGCGCUGCACUUUGCCCAGUUCUGGGUGGACUACGAGGGCACCCGGGGAGGCAAAGGGCGGCCGCAGCCCUUUGUGGACUCCUUCCCCCUCACGGUGUGGGCGUGUCAGCCGGCGAAGCUUGUCCAGCACCAGGAGAAGCUGAGAGGUGCUGCUGGAUCAGGUCUGUCCCCGAGUACAUCAGUAGAAGCUGUUGCACGCCUGCAGAGGAAACGCUUACUCAAGGAGUAUUACAGCACUGAGGGUGCACAAGCAUCAUCUCACAGCAUUGACGCUCCACUGCCCCCCAGUAACGGACUCCAUAAGCCCGUCUCAUUGGACAGUCUGCCCUCCUCCUCUUCAUCAACAUCAAGUAAAGAUGGAGACGUGCAUGUGUUAGUGCACGUGCAGAAGCAUUUAAGUGCUCAG